AUGGCCCUUCGCAUUGAUCAUGUCCGCAUUGUCGCUCUCUUCAAGACAAAAGAAGGUAUCUCGAAGGAGGAUUUCGACAAGUUCUGGCUUGACGACCAUUCCAAGCUCUUCGACUCGCUCCAUGUAGUCAAGUUCAACCUAGUCGUCAGUGACGCCAUUAGUGCCGCUGCAUGGCCGUGUUCGACGCUGCAACCUUUUAGGCCCUCACCGAGGUCUUCACUGAUGAGGAGUACCACCGUGGAGCUCAAACACUUCGAGAAGGGUGGCCAGAUGCUUGCCUCGAACUUUGCCACCAUCAUUGAUAACUAA